UCUUUUUCGCCAGGAAGAGAAACGUGAGCUACCCGGCUUGAUAUUUUGACAGGUUAUUGCUCAAGAGCCGCAAAUAAUGAUGUUAUUCCUCCACGUAGUCCCGUGACAAACUAUUCCUUUUUACUCCUUGGACUGUAGGAAGCAAUUGGACACAAAGAGCCCGGAUGAAUGUAAAACUAACAGCUUUUUGUUCGUCUUUUUCUUUGUAGACUGCCUAAACAGCUAGAAACGGUGAUAGUGAUGGCAGCCAAUGGAGCAAGCUGUGAGCAGCCUCAGAAACGAGCAGGACCCAAAGAUAAGCAGAACGGGAAGUCCACAGACUUGUUAUUGAGAGACAGACGGCAGAAGGACAAAGAGGAGCGUUUGUCUCUAGUGCUGUGGAGGAGGCCGGUUGUCACUCUACACUAUUUUCUUCUGGAGACCCUCGUGAAGCUAAAGGAAUGGACUUUUGAACUUUGGCACCGGCGAGGCACAGUGUUUGUAUUUUUGUUGUUAUGCUUCCUGUUCUCGAUCACAUACUCCACUGAUGGAUCACACCAAACGUAUGUUCAGUACCUGGAGAAGAAAUUCCUGUGGUGUGCCUACUGGGUGGGCCUUGGGAUCCUGUCCUCAGUGGGACUGGGAACUGGUCUGCACACGUUCCUCCUUUAUCUGGGUCCUCACAUAGCUUCCGUCACCCUGGCAGCGUAUGAAUGUGGAUCCAUAGACUUCCCAGAGCCUCCGUACCCCGACCAGAUCAUCUGUCCCAAAGAUGGAGGCCUGGAGGACAGCAUCUCCAUCUUCUCAAUUAUGUCCAAGGUUCGGCUGGAGGCCUGCAUGUGGGGUGCAGGGACGGCCAUCGGAGAGCUGCCUCCGUAUUUUAUGGCCAGAGCGGCUCGUCAGUCAGGAACUGAUCCAGAUGAUGAAGAUUACGAGGAAUUUGAGGAGAUGCUCGAGCAAGCAGAGGGUGCACAGGAUUUUGUUACAAGAGCAAAACUGGGAGUUCAGCACAUGGUGCAAAAAGUGGGAUUCUUUGGGAUCUUGGCUUGUGCCUCUAUUCCCAAUCCUCUCUUUGACUUGGCGGGAAUAACCUGUGGGCAUUUCCUGGUUCCCUUCUGGACUUUCUUUGGAGCAACUUUGAUCGGGAAAGCCAUUAUCAAGAUGCAUAUACAGAAACUUUUUGUUAUCAUUACCUUCAGCAAGCAUAUAGUGGAGCAAAUGGUGUCACUCAUCGGGUCUGUUCCUACAAUAGGACCAUCACUCCAGAAGCCCUUCAGUCAGUACCUGGAAGCCCAGAAGAAUAAGCUGCACCAUGCUGGAAAGAGUGGACCAGCGGAUGAAAACUGGCUGUCGUGGGUGUUUGAGAAGGUGGUGCUUGUCAUGGUUUGCUACUUUGUCAUCUCCAUCAUCAACUCCAUGGCUCAGAGCUACGCCAAGCGACUGCAGCAGCUGAGGCACUCCGAAGAGAAGAGCAAGUGAUGGCGAAGCAAAGCGCCUCAUGCAUCCAAGUGACUGUGUUUCUGCAGCUGCUGCUCACAACUUACCAACAAACCUCACCCAUCUUCAUUGCUCAGAGGCCGGAGGCAUUAAGAUGAAAAAGAAACGGGCAUUUAAUGCUUGUGUGUGUGAGAGUCUGCGCACGUGCUAUCAAGGAUGUAUGUGCUGUGUUUUGUUUCUGUCGAGUUUUAUAGUUCUUCUCAUCUCACUCUGCGUGAGUGUAGCGUGACUGACUCCUGCUAGCGGUCUUAAGAUGUUACUUUAACGUUAAAUUAAUCCAUUCAUUAACCUCAGAAGUAAAGCGGUGAUUUGAUGGUAGCUGCUAUGCUGAGGGCAGCGCCCAUCAGAUGCUAUGCCUUAUGCAAGUUGGGGAUGCCUGAAUUCCCUUGAAUAUAGCUCUUGACUUAAGGACUUGAUUUUUAUUUAAUUAUGUAACGUGUGUGGAUGGGAGUUGAUUUUAUUUUUGCGAUGUGCUGCCAAGACAACUGCAAAUGGAUAAUGUUUCUUUUCAGUUUUUUCAGGGUUUUCAUAGUAAAUAUUCAGACAUAUUUUUCCUUUUUUUUAUUUCUUGUACUGUCAGUUGAAAGUGAUUGGGAGGGUUAAAAAAAAAGCAAUAUCAACUUAUACAGUGGGGUAUGUAUGGUUUGCACAUUGUGUACAUAUGUUUUUUGACUGUAUGAUCAGAUGUGUUUCUAUUCCAGUUGUUGCUGUGAACAAGAACCAAAAUACUAAAAGAAACGUAAGGCAGUAACAUUGUAAUCUCAGCAAAUGGUCCCAUUUCUAUUCUGUACAUUUAGGUCAGAUCAUACAUAAAAUGUGGAAUUGACAUUUUUUUUAGUCUGAGUCUUAUUUUUUUUUAUGUAUUCUCUCCUAAGUGUUCAUCCUCAAAAACUGCACUAUUCCUGUCAUAAUUUUAAUGUAUAAUUUUCUCAAAGAACUGAGCAUCUUCAAGGUAAGUAGCCAGAUCAAAUUUAAGUAAUAUGACUGGAACAUUUCCUUAAUACUGUCAGCCUGACUGGGCUCUUGGUACUAAUUAAUCCAAUAAAUAACCUUCAAUUAA